CAUUGCUACGUGCCAUGAAACCUGCAAGUAGUUCAGGAAACUUUACAAAUCAAUUUACAAAAUGAGCACUCCCGAGGACGACAAGUACCCGGCGGCGUCCAACGGCGAAAGCGCGUGCUACCGGCGCGCCGCCGUUCCUCCGCCGCUUCCGUUCGUGAAGUCGCUGAAGAACACAGUAAUGGAAACGUUCUUCCCCGACGACCCUUUCCGGCAGUUCAAAAACCAGCCGGCGAGGAGGAAACUGGUGUUGGGGCUGCAGUACCUCUGCCCCAUACUGGAGUGGGGCCCGCGCUACACCUUGGAUUUCUUCAAGGCCGACCUCGUCGCCGGAAUCACCAUCGCCAGCCUCGCCGUGCCGCAGGGCAUCAGCUACGCCAAGCUCGCAAAUCUGCCCCCCAUUCUCGGCCUCUACUCGAGCUUUGUGCCGCCGUUGGUGUACGCGGUGCUGGGGAGCUCCCGGGACUUGGCGGUGGGGACGGUGGCGGUCGGCUCGCUGCUCAUGGGGUCAAUGCUCACCCGAUUGGUCAACGCCAAUGAGAAUCCUCAGCUCUACCUACGUCUGGCUUUCACGGCGACGCUCUUCGCCGGCGUUCUCGAAGCUUCCCUCGGAAUCUUCAGGUUAGGGUUUAUAGUGGAUUUUCUGUCGCACGCCACAAUAGUAGGGUUUAUGGGCGGCGCCGCCACCGUCGUCAUACUCCAGCAGCUGAAGGGCGUGUUUGGCCUAGAACAUUUCACCCAUGAAACCGACAUUAUCUCUGUCUCUAAAGCUGUUUUCACUCAAUUUCAUAAGUGGAGAUGGGAAAGUGCUGUGUUGGGAUGUGCCUUCCUUUCCUACAUGCUGCUUAUCAGAUAUUUUAGCAAAAAGAAGCCAAUCCUUUUCUGGGUGUCAGCCAUGGCUCCACUGACAUCAGUGACUCUGGGAAGCAUACUGGUUUUCCUCACCCAUGCCGAAAGACAUGGCGUCCAAGUGAUAGGACAAUUGAAGAAAGGGAUAAAUCCUCCCUCGAUAAUGGAUCUCGACUUCGAUUCCAAGUAUCUGACUGGCGUCAUCAAAACCGGCAUCGUCACAGGCAUUAUUGCUCUUGCCGAAGGAAUAGCAGUGGGAAGAAGCUUUGCCAUGUACAAAAACUACAACAUUGAUGGCAACAAAGAGAUGAUUGCAUUUGGGAUGAUGAACAUUGCUGGUUCUUGCACUUCUUGCUACCUAACUGCAGGACCAUUUUCAAGAUCAGCUGUAAACUUCAACGCAGGAUGCAAAACUGCAGUUUCCAACAUAGUAAUGGCCUUUGCAGUGAUGAUAACAUUGUUGUUUCUAACCCCUUUGUUUCACUACACCCCGCUCGUCGUGCUGUCCGCCAUUAUCAUCGCUGCGAUGCUCAGCGUCAUAGACUAUCAAUCAGCAAUCCAUCUAUGGCAUGUCGACAAAUACGACUUUGUUGUGUGCUUGAGCGCAUACAUUGGCGUGGUUUUUGCCGACAUUGAAGUUGGCCUAAUGUUGGGGGUUGGAUUAUCUCUUUUGAGGGUUUUGUUAUUCGUCGCGAGGCCAAGAACUUUAGUUCUUGGAAGCAUUCCUCACUCGAACAUCUAUAGAAGCAUCGAACAAUAUCAGGACACCAAUGCUGCUAAAGGGGUGCUUAUACUUGAGAUAGAUGCUCCAAUAUAUUUCGCCAAUUCAAACUACCUAAGAGAAAGGAUUCUAAGAUGGGUCGACGAGGAAGAAGACAAGUUGAAAUCAUCGAAAGAAGCAAGCUUGCAAUAUUUAGUACUCGACUUGAGUGCUGUUGGAAACAUUGAUACGAGUGGGAUAAGCAUGCUCGAUGAGGUUAAGAAGAUACUUGAUCGAAGGGAGCUCAAGAUGGCGCUUGCGAAUCCGGGGGCAGAAGUGAUGAAGAAGAUGAACAAGUCGAAGUUCUUGGAAAGGAUAGGGCAAGAUUGGGUGUUUAUGACAGUGGAAGAAGCUGUUGAUGCAUGCAACUACAUGCUCCAAACUUGCAAAUUGCAACCUUUAAUUUGAUUCUCAUGAUCAUGAUCAACAAUGUAAUAGAAAUUAAUAUCGUGUAAGUUAUUGAAACACAAUUAAUAUAGCUUGUUAAAUUAGUAAAAAUAUGUAUCUUUGAUGCUUGUAUGUAAUCCAUCUUUAAAUAAUUUUUUGCCCCAA